UCGCCGUUUCAGACGUCAACAGCAGCCGUAGCAGCAGCAACAACCAAACGCGUAGUGAAAUCUCAAAGUAAACGAAAGUUUUGACGAGCAACGAAAAGAAAAGAAAGAAGAAAAGAGAUAGAGAAGAAAAUAACAUUACACUCAAACUCUAUUACCGUGGUGCUCAAUUGCAGUGCUGCAGGUGAAUUGUGCCUCUUCGAACAUCGCGUGAGCAAUUCAAAUCGUGCGUCCCGAAAUUUCGAGAGAUUGAACGAAGCUGCGUGAUCCUUGUGAAUAUCGUUGUUUUAACUAGCCUCUGCGACACUUACAGCGUCUAAUUAACUGUACGCUAGCUGAAGAGAUAAACAGAAACGCAGAGCGCCAUGUUGAAUCAACGCAAGCUACAGGCCUACUUGCUGCUCUGCAUAGUGGCUAGCAACUGCCUGCUGCUCACCUUCGCCUUUCCCCAGCAGGAGCUCUACCAGCGACAGCUGGCCCAAUCCCAGUCCCAGUCCCAGUCCCAGUCCCAAUCGCGGUCGCCAGUCUAUCGGCCCGAGAGCAGCGGACGCAAGUAUGCCGUGAAGCCGAACGCCUCCAAGAAGGUGGCGCUGGAUGACAUCGAGGAUGAUAUCGAGGGCAAUCAGAUACAGGAAACCGUGAGCGGACCCGGUGGCUUCACCUGGUCAAACAUGCUGUCCACCGUGAUGACCAUGUUCUUCAAUGGAGCCGCCAAUUCGCCGACCAAGUCCGACGAUGUAGACAACUCAGUUGGCUUGGGCGGCAGCCCCUGGGCCAAUGUCAUCUCCAUGGGUCUGCGCAUCAUUAACACGCUCUUGGGCGGCGGCGCGCCCAGCGACGGCAUCGACAAGGUCGAUAACGGCGGUUCUCCCAUGCAGGGCAUCUUGGCGGCUGUGCUGUCGUCCGUGUUGGGCACCAGAGAUCCAGAUCAAGUCAACUCGAUGGCCAAGCAAGCUGGCGAGUUCAUACAGAUCGUUAUGAAUCUGCUGGACGCACUGAAGACCUCUUUCUCGCACCGCUCGCUCACCGCCCGCUCCCUGGGCAAACGUGACUCGGUGAGCGAUGCAGCCGUCGCUGGCAUUGCGCUCCUCAAGGGCUACGUUCGCACCUACCGCAACGCGGACGACAAGUGCAUGCAGCGCUACAUGUGCGAUGCCAAUACGGACUGCGUGCGUGAAAUCGGAGGCAGCAGCAUCUUCUGCCAACUGGGAUCCUAUGCCACUAGCUACAUGCUUGGCCGCAGCAGCAACACCAGCUUCGAGCACCUGUAUGAUGCUGGACGCAGAGGGCGUUCCGGCUUCGAUUGUCGCCAGCUGUAUCUGGAGUGCAAUGAGGUCUAAGGCGUGGCGAGUGCUACGAAUUGAUGGCACAGUGACUGGACGACUUAAAGUAAAUUAAACUUAUUAAAUUAAAUUAAUUUAUGUGCUUACUUGAAACUAGGUCUUAGCUAUUUAUAUUAUUUAUUUAUUUAAAUUCUGUAUUUAUUUAAAAUGCUUAUGCAAUUGCAAAAACAAUUUGCGUUUCUCAAAACGCGCCAUUUCUCUGUAAUCUACUGCGAAACAAAAAAUUAAACAACAAAAAAAAAAAACCUUAC